GAGUCAGUGUGUUGAUCAGCUUUUAGUGAAGGCAGGACAGAUCAUAAAGCAGUCGGAAAAGCGCAGAAAUAGAGUUGUUUCUCUCAGAUUGUAGUGAUGCCAUCCGACAGACCUUUUAAACAACGACGGACAUUCGCUGAUCGCUGCAAGGAAGUGCAGCAGAUAAGAGAGCAGCAUCCUAAUAAAAUUCCGGUUAUAAUUGAACGCUAUAAGGGAGAAAAGCAGCUACCUGUUUUGGACAAGACCAAGUUUCUAGUGCCUGAUCAUGUCAACAUGAGUGAACUGGUGAAGAUUAUCAGGCGUCGACUGCAGCUGAACCCCACUCAGGCCUUCUUCCUCUUGAUCAACCAGCACAGCAUGGUCAGUGUGUCCACCUCUAUCUCUGAGAUCUACGAGCAGGAGCGGGAUGAAGAUGGCUUUCUUUACAUGGUCUAUGCCUCCCAGGAGACAUUUGGCCACUAAGUUCUCCACUGGCUUCGUGUGACCAGAGAAAGCCAAAAGAAGCCUGGAGAAAGAAAGCAGGUUCCUGCUAACCGUAGCCCUGUGAUCUCUCUGUUUCUCUCUCCUCUCUGUAAGUUGUACCUUUCUCCUGCCAUCAUAAAGUUAACACUACGUUCAUUGUGUCUCAUUACGACACGAGUGUGCAUCUCACAGCA